CGGUCUGCGCAUGCCCAUGUCUCGCCGCCUGUCUGCUUGCCUGUCGCCUCGCUCUUCUGUCGGGUCCCGGUCCCUCACACAGGAACGGAAUAAAAGAUGGCGUUCACGUUCGCGGCCUUUUGUUAUAUGUUAGCCUUGCUGCUAACCGCAGCUCUGAUAUUCUUCGCCAUCUGGCACAUAAUCGCAUUUGAUGAGCUGAAGACUGACUACAAGAAUCCGAUAGACCAGUGUAAUACGUUGAAUCCUCUGGUACUUCCGGAGUACCUCAUCCAUGCUUUCUUCUGUGUCAUGUUCCUCUGUGCGGCAGAGUGGCUGACGCUAGGACUCAACGUGCCCUUGUUGGCCUACCAUGUGUGGAGGUACAUGAGCCGGCCUGUGAUGAGCGGUCCUGGGUUAUAUGACCCAACUACAAUCAUGAACGCGGAUAUCCUAGCAUAUUGCCAGAAAGAAGGCUGGUGCAAGCUAGCCUUUUACCUUCUGUCCUUUUUCUACUAUCUCUAUGGGAUGAUCUACGUACUGGUGAGCUCCUAAAGCAGCACUCGCUACCGUCAGGGGAGGGGAAAUACUGCAUGCGGGAAAACGAGCUACAGCUUUACGAGCUGGGAGACUUACCGAAAGCAGAGACCUUUAGAUUUUCUUCUGUGGAGUUUUAAAAAGAAUGAUGAACACUUGAGCCCCAUUAAAUCCUGAGUACCACUUUAAACAUGUUAUCCUUAAAAAUGGUAGCUUCAACUUUAUCCUUUUUAUUACUACUACCUGCAGGGAAAACAGCCAGCUAAGCCAGGACGUUUCUUUUAUUAUUUGAAGGUGUUUGACUUUAAUGGAAGUUUGAAACAUUGCAGUCAUUGAUUUUUUUUUUCCUGUUAUGGAAUAAAAACUUUUGAUCAUUAUUAUACUUUGUUUACAAAACAUCUUAGGACCUUUUUGUGCUAUUUCAUUAAACCAAAUUUGUCCGUGUAGAUCAGAUUUGCAGCUGUUGUCUGUCACAAAACUAAUCACACUGAAUUGACUGUAUCGUAAAAGUUUAAGUGAAAAAACUACAAGCCAAAAAAAACUCAGCACCGAGUUUGUGUGAAACUCGUGCAGUGUUUGCUUUUUUAUUAUGUACUGCUUUGCAGUGAGUACUUUGGGGUCGAGGCGGAUUUAGAAAAAACCUUAGCACACAAUGAUCCUUUGGUUUAAUUUUUUCUCCGGAUAGUGCGUUUUGUUUAGUGAGAAGUUGUUAAGUCAUUUUUAAGUAAACCCAGGUUUUCCAGUUUCACUUGGUGAAACAGCUUUAUUCGAUGAAAAUUGUAACCUUAUGAAUUUAAUGGUGCACUUUGAAUUUUUACAAAAGACAAUCAGUACUGAUACCUGCAAGUGGCAUUCAGCUAAAUUUCAAUUGCUCAUUAUAAUUCAAGUCUUCUAAGACACAAUAGACUUUUUUACUGCUGUUAGUAGCUAUGCAGUUGUUACUUCUUUAAUGGAACUCCAUCUCCUAAACUUGUCACCUUCCGUGCUACAAUGUGCCCUUGUGUUUAGUAAAUUUCCUAAGAGGAUAAUCUAGUUGAUUUGUUUUUUUGUUUGACAAUGUUUAGCUACAUUUUCCUAACUCUCAGUUUAUAUAGUUUAUCAAAUCUCAGAAUCCAAGACCGACCACCCAUGAGUUCAUCAUAUAGUUUCUUUAAUCUUCAGUUGAUAAAACAAUCAUAUUAUGCUUUCAUCUUGGUAUGAUAGUGAAUGGUCUUGGUCGGGUGUAUGAGUCUGGCAUUAAAUAUGGAAUGGCCAUUAAUAUAAGAUGGGUGAUGCAAAUGAGACUGUGCAGGAAAUGUGUUCAAUACUAUCAAACAUGCUGAUCUCAAAAAACAGAAUAGUGGGUCCCAAGCUGCAUUAUGGUGUAAGAAAUUUCUUCCUAGUUUUUCUGAGCCAAUGAAUAUACGUCUGCAGGGAGAUACCACAUUUGUAAUGCAUGUAAACAGUCCAGUAGCGUAUCGUUUUAAAAGGAGUCAUGUAUAAAAUUUGUCACCUGCCAGAUUUCUAUAGGAACCUAGGGCAAACUAAGAAUGUGCUGGUUGUCUUUCUGUAAAAAACAAGAUACUCAAGUCAGUCAUGUUGAGUUGAUUGGACUUGCUUAAAAACUGCUUUGACACUCCUCGUAUAUUGCUUUUAAAAGAUAUUUAAGAGAGUUUUGAAUUGCUAGGAUUUGUUAGAAUUCUGCCUUUGCAGGGAAGUGUACUCUGAUAGCACAAGACGACAUGUUGUUGGCAGUUUUGGAGUUCACAACAGGAGUGAAUUACACAAGGUUCAGCCUUGGUGCAAAGUAAUAUCUUCCCUUAAACUUUCUUGCCAUAAACAUUCUGUGAAGUUCUCUUGCUGCCUGUAAACCUACCAACAAAUAAUUGAAUAUAUUAUAGUUAAUGUAACUCAAAUUUUAUUAAAUGUGAAAAUAGAUUA